AUGAAACUUCUACCGAUACUGUCGAAAGUCAUGGAAGCUAUUGUGGCAGAUCUGUGGAUAGAGUAUCUGGAGAAGCAUGAACUUUUCUCUCCAACUCAGCACGGUAUUUGGCACAAGCUUUCGUGCACCACAAAUCUAAUUCUUGUACGAGAUGAGUGGACAAAAUCCGUCAAUCUAGGUGUCGUUCUCGUUGUUCUCUAUGUCGGAGGUCACCUACUCUCGCGGAAUGAAAUUAAUCCCGGCGAAUUGAUGUCUUUUUUGGCCACGACACAAACGGUUCAACGUUCACUCGCCCAACUGUCGCUUCUUUACGGUCAAGUGCUUCGAGGUAGCGUGGCGUUCACCCGGAUUCAGGAGGUAAUCACAGCCGAUCGAACCGAGAUUGUUUUGUGCUUCAUGUGUGUUCUGAUGUUUUUGUUUUCAGUAAUUCCUAUUCUCAUCCUGAACGCUUUCGGGUCCAAACAGAAUGUUAUUUGCCCGCUAGACUCGUGUGUAACUCUCUGUCAUUUUACCCAGUUAUUAUUAGAAGUAUGUGUCUGUACUUGUGUGUUUACUUAUGCUGCGUGCAGGUUCAUCGAUCGAUCGCUGAACAUAAACACCGUUUAA